UCAAAAGAAAAUGCACACGAUAAUUGUUCUACUUCUAGUAAUACUAGGUUGCUGCAUUUAUUCAAUAAUAAUAAUAAUAAUAAUCAAUAGGAACAUUCUUAAGGACUAGUUAACAUCAUUAUUUUUAGGUACAUGUAUAUGGUAUACAAUAAUAGGGUGGUACAUGUGGGGGCUGAAGGAGAUGUUUCUUUUUAUUACUGAGAGUACAUAAGAUUGGGAUAUCUACUGUACUAAUGUUUCAGUGAAAUUGCUAUCAACAUAAAUAUUUAUACGUCGCUAUUAAGAGUUAUUGCUUACGAAAAUCCAAAUAAUAAAAUUGUAAUUUUCUAGAACGAAGGUGCUACUGUAUUGCUAUUCUCUUCCAACAUUUUGUUUCCUUUAUUAUUAGUAUAUUUUUUGCCCUUGAAUUGAAAUUUUUAUUAUUUAAACUUUCUUGUCCAAUGUAAAUUACCGACGAUCGGAAGGUGGGGGUCUACAUAAUGCCUUUUAAUAUUCUGCCGCAGAAAUAAGUCAGUCAGUCAGUAAGUAAAACUCUAACGAAACUAGAUUCUGUACUCAUAUACCGUCGUAACUACACACAAAAACACACAGAUCUAUCUAUACAAACGGUGGUUCGACAUACGAAGAGUUCCGUGGCAAGGAUAACUAUACGAAAAGGUCCGUAAAGGAAGCCUAGAAGAAAUGUUGGGUGAUACGAGUGAUGAGAAGAUUUCCGAUGGUGUGGCCUCAAGGAUUAAAAGUAUGAGAUACAAUUUAUAUGGGGAAAGCGAAGCAGGUGUUAUUAUUAAAGAAAACCCGUAUUAUAGUCAGUUAUAUGAGGAUACGUUUAGGAGAUCGAUUCAGGAGCCGGAGGAAUUUUGGUCGGAGAUUGGCAAGUUGAUAAGUUGGAGCAAGCCUUGGGAUAAAGCACUGGACAACACCAAUCAGCCAUUUACUAAAUGGUUUGUGGGUGGCGAAUUGAACGCAUGCUACAACGCAGUCGAUCGACACGUGGAAGCGGGCAAAGGAUCAAAAGUAGCUUUGAUCCACGACAGUCCUCUAACUAAGACUGUGCGCAAAAUUACUUACGCCGAACUGCUUGACCAGGUAUCCCAUUUGGCAGGUGGAUUAGCAGCCCUCGGUAUCGAGAAAGGAGACAGGGUUUUGAUCUACAUGCCUCUCAUUCCAGAAGCCAUAAUGGCGAUGCUCGCCACGGCCCGAUUGGGUGCUGUGCAUUCCGUUGUUUUCGGAGGAUUCGCUGCUCGUGAGCUGUGUACCAGAAUCGAACACUGCGAGCCGAAAGUGAUCAUCGCCGCCAGCUGCGGUAUAGAGCCACACAGAAUCAUCAGAUAUAAAGAUAUUUUAAACGAGGCGAUCGAGUGGGCUUCUUACAAACCGGAGAAGUGCAUCAUUUACCAGAGAAGAAAUUUGGAAACCGCACCGCUCGACGUCGAGAUGGACAUUUCGUGGGACAAUGUACUGAAAAUGGCCGGUCCGCACAAAUGUGUUCCAGUCGAAGCUAACGAACCUCUCUACAUAUUGUACACUUCCGGAACAACAGACGCCCCCAAGGGAGUGCAGAGACCCAUCGGCGGCCACAUAGUUACCCUGAACUGGAGCAUGCAAACGAUCUACGGAAUGGGACCAAAUGACGUUUGGUGGUCAGCCAGUGACCUGGGUUGGGUCGUUGGUCAUUCCUACAUAUGUUAUGGUCCUCUGUUGUAUGGUAUCACGAGCGUUAUGUACGAAGGAAAACCGGAUCGCACGCCGGAUCCGGGUCAAUACUUCAGGAUCAUCGACAAGCACAAGGUCAAUGCAAUUUUUACAGUGCCCACCUCAUUUCGCGUCAUCAAACGGGAAGAUCCGGACGUCGAAUACGGAAAAGGCUACUCGUUAAAAUCCUUAAAGCGAAUCUUUGUCGCGGGUGAACACUGCGAUUAUGAUACCAAAUCUUGGGUGGAGAAGAUCUUCAAUGUACCCGUGCUAAAUCAUUGGUGGCAGACGGAAACUGGACAUGCGAUCACCGCGACUUGCGUAGGUUUGGGUCACAGCCUGUCCCCUCCUAAAUACACAGCAGGAAUGCCUUUCCCAGGUUACGACGUGAGAGUACUUAAAGAUGAUGGCACCGAGGCGAAACCCCACGAAUUGGCUAGAAUCGUGGUUAAGUUACCACUUCCUCCGGGCACUAUGAGUACACUUUACCAAUCACCAGAGAGGUUUUGUCAAUUAUACUUCAGAAAAUUUCCGGGAUAUUAUGAUACCAUGGAUGCUGGUUACAUUGAUGAAUUUGGAUAUAUCUACGUAACUGCAAGAGAUGACGAUGUCAUCAACGUCGCUGGCCACAGGCUGUCCACGUCGGCCAUGGAAGAUAUAGUCCUAUCCCAUCCUGAUAUAGUAGAUGCAACAGUCGUCGGUGUUCCAGAACCUACCAAAGGAGAAAUACCAUUGUGCCUAUUCGUCACUAAGAAAAAUGCUAAGAAAAGUGAGGAAAUUAUUUCCAAAGAUUUAAUCCAAAUGGUGCGCGAUCUUAUUGGACCAAUAGCAUCUUUCCGAUUAGCAGUGAUGAUCAGAGGCUUGCCUAGGACUAGAUCUGGAAAGACAUGUAGGAAAUCCAUAUCUGAUCUAGCCAGAAACAAGACCGUGAAGGUGUGUAUAACAUUUUUUCUAAAUGCUUCAGUCCUCGUAUUUGAAGCGUUUCAGAUUUCCGGAACCGUGGAAGAUCCAACUGUCUACAAAGAUAUUAAAAUUACUCUUCAAAGGCUGGGUUACGCACGCACAGCGCCUGAUCCACAAUAGAAGAAAUUGACAAAUUCAAAAAUAUUUAUAUUGUUAGAAGCUUAGUGUACAUUUAGUUUAUAUGUUUUUAGUUCAAUUCUUAACAAUAUAUUUCUUAUUCCAUAAGGUACAAUAAAAGUUUGGUAUAAUUUAUACUUGUUGCUUCUGUUCCCACUGUCUCGUGUGACCGGAUUUUCGGUUUAUAUAUAUAUAUAUCUUUGUUGCGACCGCACAAAUGGUACAAACUACAAGAAAAAAA